AUGUUCACCACGACAAAGAACUUCAACCAAGCGGCCUCGGCCUGUCGUGGAGACGGCGGAACCCUCGCCAUGCCCCGAGACGCUGGGACCAACACCUUCCUGGUCUCCCUACAGGCUAAUAAGGCCUACUGGAUCGGCCUGCAUGACCAGCGCAACGAAGGCAGAUUUCAGUGGAUAGAUGGCUCUGGUCUUGGAAAGUACAGUUCGUGGUAUCCGAAACAGCCAGAUAACAAGAAUGGUGUUGAAGAUUGCGUUAUCAGCUUUGAUGGAAAAUGGUACGACAUGGAGUGCCCAAACAGGAUGCUAUUCAAUUGUGAAGUUGCUCCAAGACGUGGCUAG